GGACAAACCAAUAUUUCCAUUUGGUUGUAUCUCUUUUAAUUUUCCGGAACCCACCCUAAGCAGAAACGCAGUUCGACCAGUGGCUACACAAUCCCUUGUUCGUCUUCAACCUACGCUGCCUCGCAUCUCUGUUAGAUUUAGUUCCAGCUCCAACUUCCAUUGAAUAAAUCUGAGGACCAAUCACGUCAGCGUUCUCUCUUCAUCACACCGGCUUGCCUGAGCACAGCGUGGAGAAAUACAUAUAAAAUGUUGGCUAAAGGUAGGAAAGUUGCUGGCAAGGGGGAGACAGUGGUUGCCCACUAUGCUUUUGGCCAACAUGAAGAUGAAGUGAUCAUAAAACACAGACUUCUAACACGUACAACAACCACAAGGGGUGAACCUCCACUAAAGAAACUUCAAAAGAAACUUACUGCUUUUGUCUUGGAGGCAGAGAAGGAAGCUGAUAACUUUGAUGACUGUGAAAGACUUGCCAAGGCUUUCUUGCAAGAGCUAAACACUUUUGAGAUUCCGCUCCUGAAAAGCAGAGCAGUCAUUGAUGCAAAUAUUAGGGAGAAGGAGAAUUUCAAUGACUUGAAUGAUGAAAUUAAGAGGCAGAUUUUACAGACCCAGGCUGACAUAGAAGAUCUGAAGAAGCAACUGGAGGAAAGCAAGAUAGAGAGGCAGCAUAAAGAAGAGUGUGAGGCAAUUAGGAAAUUGAUUGCAAUGCAACCUGCCAGAUCAGAGACCCAAAACAUUAUCACAGAACUAGAGAAGGAGAUUUUAGCGUUAGAGGCAGAGAAUACAGCUAGUUCAAGAACAUUGGAGCUGCGGAAAAAGCAAUUUGCUCUUUUGCUACAUGUGGUUGAUGAGCUGCAAAACACGAUAGAGGAAGAACAGAGGAGUUUGGUUGAGGAGAUGAGGACGGCAACAGAUGAUCAUAAGAAUGCGGUGGUGGAGGAUAUCGCCGCGGUGCCUGAAUCAAUGGCUGUAGAUUAGAGUGCACCUUUGUCUUCUUCGGUUGUACUCUUUUACUUCCUACUGACCUCAUUGAUGCAGGUACAACACUUUUAGGAUGCCCUCAGACAUUGGCUCACCGUGUUCGAAUAUCCAUUUGAGGAUAAAUAGGAGUGUCGGCUUGUUGAUACGCAAACGAAGGGUGGGUCACUGCAUUUCUGAGGAGCACAAUACUGAGUUUUGAAAUCUUAGAACUACUGAAAUUCCAGUUGCUUGUUGAAGGAUGGUUUGGCUUUUCUACUGCUGUACGAUUUCAAAUCUAAUAUGGCAAUGUCAAAAAUUUGAAGUUCAAUUGGUUGGAGGGAAAUAUUUUCCCAAAAAAUUUCAAUUCUAAUUUCCUACUUUUGAUGAUAUAACUGAUAAGAAAAUAUUUGUCUUUGA